AUGUCCACCCUCCGAUACAACUCGUGGUUGAAGACCAAGAAGAAGGGCGAACUUGAGACCCUUGCUGAGUCUGUCGGUCUGUCAGAGAUUGAUGGAUACAAGAAAGACGAUCUUGGUAUGGCCCUCGACAACUAUCUCACCGAAAACUCGUCGCGCUUCCUUGCCAACCCCGACCUCGCUGGUUACUUCAACAGCCGCUCCAAGGCCCAAGGAUCUCCAGUGAAAAGGGAGAUGGUCCGCGAAGAAGUCCUAAAGGUAGUCCGACGACGACCUUCCAAGGCUGUGGAAGAAGUCACGCCUGAGAGCGACGACAUUCCUUCUCCCUUGGCUGCAUCGACUGCGCUUGUCGAGACGCCGGGCCGUGGCCUUUCUCAGGCCGCGUCGCGCAUCGCGUUGCCUGCCACACCUGCCGACGUAGCUCUCGCUGUUGAUCGCUCAACUAGUAUCGUGCGUCAGCGUGUCUCGUCGAUGUAUGAAGAAAGUGGUAUCACCGAAGUCAGCCAUGCCACUCGCGAUACUCUCAGCACUGUUACCAGCAUUCUCUUCUGCGUCGCAGGCUGGGAGUUGUGGAACGUUCGUCGCGAAGUUCUGGGCAACGUUUUCGCGUUCACGAUCCCCGCCGUCAGCGCUCUCGGUACACCAGACUACCCUGUCUAUGUUCCCGACAUGUUCUUGCUUCUGUCUUCCAGCUUCUGGUCCCCUGCUCUGACUUGGAUCUUGACCAGCGUCAUUGUUCCUUCGUUUGUUGGAUACUUUUUCAACCUCAGCGCGACGAGCCCUCCCCCUUCGCGUAGCCGCCCUCGCCCCAACCAUGCCGACUAUGUGGUUGACCCUUUGACCUUCAGUAUCGUCAAGGCCCUGAUUUCAUUUGUUGUUUACGGCCAAGGCGUCAACUUUGGUGGACUUUUGAGUGAUCUCUCCAUAAUGCGCCUCGAGAACGCCAUCUAUGGUGGUUACAAGGGCAUUCUGACUGGAACUGCCAUCACUGCUCUUGUGAGUAUCUACGACGCCGUCCUGAGGAAGUAG